AGCGCGUUGACGCCCAUCCGAAAACAUCGCGAAUCCACAACUUGACCUACAACACUAACAACAACAAAGUCGUAACUCCAAACCCACUCCUCCUCCUCCACUUCCCAUUACAUACUUCUCCCCCUCAUCACUAUCGCUAAACUCUGCUUCCCGGACUACUUUUCGAAUCGCGACCGAAAUCCCCAUCCAUUCGACACGACUGCUUGCCUGUCAACGUCACCUAGGCAUGUUCGGCGCAUCUUCACCUGCUGUCUCCACCGGCGGCGGGAUGAACCUCUACCCAGACCUUCCAUCGGAGUUGCGCACCCAAACCACCGCCAAUGCGCCAUCGCAGCAACUGCAGCAGCAGCAACAGCAGCAACAGCAAGGCUCCCAGACCUCUACAGCGACAACCACCACCACGACAACAACGAACAACUCCUCUCUAGCGCCUGCGCGAGGCACAACAGACAACCUUGGACCCGUUCAGCGGGCGGCAAGAAGCAUCCAGGAGACCCUAGAGGCAGAGAAGAGGUAUCCACAGCUGGAUGACAUCGUAUCGCAGGGUCAGUCACAAGACUAUGAGUUGGCCCCGGCGCAUGCCUGGGAGCCUUUCGUCCGCGUUAAUAGCUACACGAUACCAGAUGUCAUCUUUGAACAGUACAACCGCGUCACAAGUUACACGCUGAUGGGCUUGUUUCCGGAGAUCAAGCAGGCAUGGGUUACCGUUGACAAUCGGCUGUACAUGUGGGAUUAUGCUACGCAGACCGGUUUCAUGGGCUACGAGCAGCAGACCAAUACGAUUACGGCGGUCCGAAUGCUGAAGCCAAAGCCAGGCGUGUUUGAGAAUGUUAACUACAUUCUCGUUGUGGCUACAAUGGUUGAUGUGUUUUUACUUGGUGUGAACGCAACGCAAAACCAGCGAGGGAUCUUUGACGUCACGCUAUUUGAGACCGGAAUGAGUAUUCCAACCAAGGGAAUCAACGUUACGAUCAUAGAAGGCAGCAAGAAGACAGGAAGGAUCUUCCUUGCCGGUCACACAGAUAACGAAGUUUACGAAUUUUCUUACCAGGCGGAAGAGCGAUGGUUCCAAGGUCGAUGUCAAAAGAUCUGUCACACCACAAGCAGCGCAUCUGCGUUUGCUCCCCGACUGCCGGCAUGGGCGUCUGGACCAAAAGACACCGAAAAUGUCAAGCAGAUGGUUGUGGACGAUACCAGGAAUCUGCUGUACACAUUGUCCUCGAAAUCGACAAUACGAGUCUUCCACUUGCGCGGCGAUGGAGCUCUCGUGCAGAGUCUCUCGCAUUCGUUCUCGCACACUCUGGCAAACAUCCGUGUCAUGGUUGGAAACACUCCACUAUUGGGACCCGAAACCCCGAUUGUGUCGAUAUCACCGGUCUCGGCCCUCCAAGCUAGACGCACACAUCUCAUUGCCGUUACAAAGUCUGGAUGCCGGCUCUUUAUGAGCGCUGUUUCGUCCGAAUACGGCUUCGGAGGCACCGACUCAGCCCCCACCAGCAUGCAGGUUAUCCACAUCCGAUACCCGCCCAACGGUUUAGUCCACAACGAUGUGCGGAAAGCCAAGGUCUUCACACCCGGAUACUUCUUCUGUUUCAUGGAAAGGAAUCCCACACUGGACGAGCUGCUCUUUGCUGCGCCGGAUUCUGCGAAAAUUCAGGCACUCGCAGAUGGUGGUAACAUAAGGCUGCAGCUUGCCGAGCAAGCAAGCACCGCAGACUUGGGUUCUCGAGUGGAGUCCAUUGAGCUUGUCGCUGGGCCUUUUGCUGCCCAACGAUCGCCCCCUGGAUUCGGAAAUGAGCUCGCCACGCAGUACGACGUGACACCGACGGAAAUCGCUAUUCUCACAAAUUCUGGAGUCACUGUACAUCGUCGACGACGACUUGUGGAGGUAUUUGAUGGGCUGCUGAGAUACGGCAGUGCGGCUUCGACAAUCGGUGUGGAGGGUGAAGUUCGCAAGUUUUUUAAUGACUAUGGACGCGCUGAAGGUUGUGCAUCUGCACUUGCUGUCGCUUGCGGUGCUAGCCAGGAUUCCACAGCCUCCCAGACUGCUUCCAGGAUUAGCGACAUGGAAAUUGAGGAUCUUGCUCGGAGGUACUUCAUCGAAUUCGGUGGUAAGCCGAGGGCUGAUAAUGUCUUUGAAGCCUCCGGGGUGCCUAGCCUUGACAGCAUCAAGGUUUCGGGCCGCGCUGAAGGAUUGCAACUUUACCUCGCCCGCAUCGUUCGGAGUAUAUGGAAGGCGUUCAUUAUCAGCGAAUCUCGGACCCCCGGCGGCGGCUUGGAAUAUGUUUCGAGCGUUCCCAUGGCGAAGCUGAGGUUGAUUCAGGACCAACUUGUGCGACUUGAUCACUUUGUCCGGACAAACAAGAGCUUCAUCGUGGGCUUGUCUGGUGCGGACAGUCUCCUGGUUGCUGGCAGCAAAAUUGACGAAGUGGCGAACCAGGCGGAACACCGCAUGCUCCACGCGCUUGUCACAUUAAACCAGAGUAUGAUCGAGGGCAUUUCAUUCGUCUUGUUCUUGUUGGAGGAUAAGCUCACCGACAUCAUUCUUUCUUUGGACACUGCGAGCCGAGAAUUGGUUGGUACCAUGACCUAUGGUGGCCUUUUCGCCACUCCCCAGGGACAGAAUCUUGCCAAGGAACUGGUCACCGCUAUCGUCAACAGGAACAUCGCCCAUGGAGUGAAUGUGGACACGAUUGCGGAUGCUCUCAGAAGGAGGUGCGGUUCCUUCUGCAGUGCUGAUGACGUGGUUGUGUUCAGGGCACUGGAACAAGUCAAGAGGGCCAAGACGGAGAAGGACGCAGAUGUCAAGCACAGGCUCUUGAGAGAGAGUCUCCGCUUAUUCGAAGAGACCGCAGCUAGUCUGACAAUGGACAACCUUUCGGACAUGGUGCAGCAGUUCCGGGAGCUUCAGUAUCACCCAGGCGCGGUUCAACUGGCACUUGUGGUUGCGAAGGAGGCAGAUCGGGGAAACAUCACGUUGCAGUUCUUGACCGAGCCUCCAACGGUGGAGAACGAGACAUCGGAGAUUUACCACAAGCGCGUCCAGUGCUAUGGCUUCAUCUUCGCAAUCCUAGAAGACCUCGAUCGACUCAGCACUCAAUCCCCGGAGAUGAUUGACGGUGCUCCAUCUCCCAUAAUGCGUCUUCGAAACGAGACCUGGACUCUGAUCUACAACUCCGACGACGAGCUAUUCCACUACCACCUAUACGACUGGCUUUACUCCCAGGGCGGUGCCUAUGCGGAACGUUUGCUCGACAUCAACUCCCCAUACGUCCUUGGAUAUCUCACAUACCGAGGCGCGGAAUCACUCGAUCACUGCGAACUGCUCUGGCAAUACCAUUCGCGGCGAGAGCGGUUCUUCGAAGCGGCGGAAGUUCUUCACGAGCUUGCCAUCUCCGAGUUCCAGCUUACGUUGGAGAAGCGACUCGAGUUCUUCUCUCGUGCGAGAAACUUCUGCAAUUCUUCGUACUCGGGUGCCUCAAGGAGGAAGAUGAACGAGCUCGGUCAGACGAUCCAGGAGGAGCUAGACGUCGCUGUCAUCCAAGACGAUCUGUUGAAGAGGCUGCGCGAAGACCCCCGGAUAUCAACUGAGAAGAAGUUUAAGCUUGAGGCCAAGUUGGGUAAGGGGAUCAUCGAUCUCAGCAAGCUGUUUAACGAGUACGCAUCUCCCUAUGCUUACCACGACAUUUGCCUGGCGAUCUUCCAGGUAGCCGAAUACCGCGGCUCCGCCGACAUAAAGAAGUGCUGGGAGAUGUUAAUCUCUCAAAAGCACACGCAAGCACUCGAACAGGGGGAAGCACAGCCCUUUGAGGUUGUCGCCGAGACAGUCCGCAGCAUGGGAAGCCGUUUCGCGUCGAGCGAAUACAUUUUCCCGGCUGGCGACCUGAUCCCGCUGCUUGAGCGGUAUGCAUUCGAGCACCAGCGCGACGUCGGCCCCGACGGCUGGGUGGUGGACACGUUCAUAGAGGCUGGAGUAGCAGAAGAACGGAUCCUCCACGUGCUGGUGGACAUGUUCUACCGUGACGAAGUUCCAUUCCGCGGACUCGCGAAACGUCGGAUCCUGGUCGACACGGUCAAUCUGGUGGAGCGCUGGUGGAGUAAGGUUAUUAAGCGGGGCGGAAGCAGCUCCGAGGGCUUCAGGGGACAGACAGUUUCUGAGGCGCUUAGAAGGAUGAUGACGCAACUGCCCACUGUCGGCCCGGAGGCGGAUAGAGUGGACAGAGUGUUGGCGGAUAUCGCGAGGAGGGGGUAUUAAUGGGGUUGCGAUGUGUAUGUGAGGGUGAGGAGGAAGGGGAAAAGUGGGCAAUUCAAAGUUGUGGGCGUCGUUGUAUUAUAGUGAAGAUACAGAGGGGGGGGUUCGGUUUUUACUUCUUCUUUACUUCUUCUACAUCUGUGUUUUCUGAUUCCGA